CUUCGUGGAUCUGGCCCUGUGUGUCUAUCUGCCCAAAACCUAGAUUUUUUUAUCUACAGUAAGUGCAUUUUUAAUUCAGAUUCAAAUAUUUGCCCGAAGCGCUGCUUCAAAUCAAACACAGAAUUGGCACCUAAAAUGGCAAAUGUGGCUUUCUUCUUUACAACCUUGCUGAGUGCACACUACGGCGUUAUACUGGAAAUAAUGAGUUGUGGAAGUGUGCAGCAAUGUAGCGAGAUGAAACGCGGCUUAGUGUACAGGAAGGUGAGGAUAAGAGUGGAACAGGGAAAUGCGGAGGGAGGGGGACAGCACAAUAGGCACAUCUAAUGAGAGAGAGAAAGCUCUAUUGAAAGUCGGAGGCUGAGUGUCGGAUGACUAGCUCCCAAACCCUACUCCUGUUUAAUAUUCCUCCCUGCUCUCUUCAUGUUGUGCUUGGCUCCUGUGGGAUUGGAACUCACGUCUUGGAACCAAAGCCAAUUUUCUGUCUUAAUCUCACAAUGUUUUGACUGGAGGCAGAUUCAGUUUAGUCCGAGUGGAAACUACGAAAGCGACGCUCUGCUUUUCAUAAAGACGACGGAGAAACGGGUCGCUGGUCCCCGGAAAAAGAUGACAUAGAAGCGACCUGGCCGGAAACAAAAAGGACUUUUAAGUAAAUCAAUGCAUUCUAUUUUUCUUUUGUAUCGGGGGAAAGGGUCGUAUUCUUUACCGCGAUAGCAAAUAUUUCCAGCGACUGUUUCCUUUUACUGCUCUGCAAGAGGACUUUCCUUGUCUGGUACCUGGAGAAUACGCGAGAUCGCUGGUUAUAAGAGAUGACUGUGGUUCUGUCCAUGAACAGAUUCUGCAGCCCCAUUACCUCUGAGGGCGCUACUGACAUUGUGGACUAUAGGAGUGUGUGGGAGUCCCAGGACAACGCAGACAGAUCCUCCACCUCUCCCCAUGCCCAGCACCAGGAGUACAGACUAUGUGACCCUUCUACAGAGUCACAUUACAGGGGAGUUUCACAUCCAAAAACUGCAUCCAGGAAUACACACUUUAAAAGGAAAUAUGUAGAAGAGGAUUAUCAUCUGAGGCUCAGCAGCUGUAGUCAUAAAAAUGUAUCUAUCUUUGAGGAGAGGGCCCAUGUUCUUUACAUGUCCCUGGAGAAAUUAAAAUUCAUUGAUGAUCCAGAAGUAUUCCUGAGGAGGUCGGUCCUCAUCAACAACUUGAUGAAAAGGAUUCAUGGAGAGAUCUUACUGCAGAACAACUGGUGCUUCUCAGCCUGCGCUCUGGGAUCAACGCCGGCACAGGAGUGGUUUGUGCCCCAGGACUGCCCCUACCGCAAACGCCUUCGGAUGGCCAAGGAUGACAGUAGCCUUCAGACAUGUUGUUUUUACCAGGAAUGUGGGAGCCAUUAUCUAAACAUCCCUUUUACUGUUAAUGCAAAUGGAGGGAAUGCCUCAACUUCUUCUUUAUCCAGCAGUAACGCGUCUAUGCCAGGGUGCUCUCACCACUCGGAUUACAACUCAGGAGAGGUGGCCCCCUACAGGAACAGCAUCCAGGGGCCUUCAUGUGGGGGUUUUGUGACUAAUUCCCGACUUCCUCAUAAGCUAAACUUGCACGAGGACGAAACGGCGGAGGAAAAACGAGGCCUUCUCAGCUUAAGCUGUGAGGGGGCAACCGGAAGUGGGGCUUCUGAACGCAGAGGUCGCAUUUAUGAUUUUUUGGCAACUGGUUGCAACGACAAGUCUAGCAUAAGUGAACCGUGGAAAAAAUCUCUGCGGAAGAAAGAGGUUGCUCCGGGCAAUAAACUGUGCUGUAAUAAAGGGAACAAAAUGUGAGCACUGUUUUUUUUUUUUUUUUUGGAAAUUCUGGUUUAUGAAUUUUUUGUUUUUUAUGUCACUCAAAAGUGAAGUUUCUGUUACGCAGUGGAAAAAAAAGUUUUUUGUAGCUUUAUAUGGUGAUGAAAAUCCUUUAUGCGCAAGGGAUUUCUAAUAUGGAAAAUAUUGUCAGUGUUUUUAUUUGUGUUUUAAAAACCUUUAAAAUCUGUUAAAAACAGAUACACAGUUAUAAUGUUGUUUUACGGUACUGCCCAGGUUUUGGGCAUAUGAAAUGAAGAUGUUUUUUUUAGUCUGA